UAUUUCGAUAAAAAAGCGUUUUAUAAUAUAAUUACGAUGAAUUACGAUAAUUCUGCUGGGUUUUCUAAGCUUAUCGUUGAUACGUUUGAAAAUGUUGUUGGGUCCUCCUCCGAAUUGAAACUUCCAGUGCCUAUUUCCAGCAUUCCAGCGCCUUAUAAUAGUGUUUUCUCACAAUACACUUCAUUUAAUACCAUCCAAUCAAGCAUUUUUCAAGAUGCGUUAUAUUCGGAUAAUUCUUUGGCUGUAUCGGCACCUACAGGUUCAGGAAAAACUGUUAUAUUCGAAUUUGGAAUCGUAAAAUUCCUUUUAAAUAAUGAUCUAGCUAAUAAUUAUAAAAUAAUUUAUAUUGCCCCUAUGAAGGCGAUAUGCGAAGAAAGAUUGGUUGAUUGGCAUAAUAAAUUUAGUAAUUUUGGAAUUAAUUGUAUUUCCGUAACUGGCGAUUCUGAAAAUGUUGAUUUUCAAAGUUUAAGUAGACAUAAUUUGGUAAUUACGACCCCCGAAAAAUGGGAUGGGAUCACUAGAAGAUGGCGAGACAACGAUAAUUUGAUUAAAUCUGUUAAACUGUUUUUAAUCGAUGAGAUUCAUUUGCUUAACGAUGAAAAACGUGGGGCUACUUUGGAAGCUAUUGUGACAAGAAUGAAAACUCUUUAUAAUUUGGUUAGUAACGAACCAAAACCGUUGCGGUUUAUAGGAGUUUCGGCUACAAUCUCGAAUAUAAUCGAUAUAGCCCAAUGGUUUAAUACCCCGCAAUCCCCAGGAAAACAUUUUCGAUUUAAAGAUGAGGUCCGGCCGGUCAAAUUAAAUAAAAUCGUCAUCGGUUAUCCUUUCAAUUCGGCAAUGUCAUCCCCAUUUAAAUUUGACAUGAUGCUCAGCUACAAAUUGCAUCAUAUCAUUUUGCAAUAUUCCUGCGGAAAACCAACUUUAGUUUUUUGCUCGACCAGAAAAAGCGUCGAGAUGACCUCAAAACAACUAAUUCAAAAUUUAACAAUCACAUUAAACGACGAUCAAAAGAAAAUACUUGUCGAGGUCGCAAAGAGCAUUAAUAACCCCAAAGUAACGGAAGUUUUAAUUCACGGAGUUGGUUGCCACCACGCCGGGAUGUUACCCGAACACCGCAGAUUGAUCGAGAAUUUGUUCCGAGAUUCUUAUUUACCCGUUCUUAUCACGACGAGUACUUUAGCGAUGGGAGUUAAUUUACCGGCUCAUUUAGUGGUGGUCAAAUCGACGAAAUAUUACACUAACAGCGAGUACAAAAGUUACGAAGAGAGUAUGAUUUACCAAAUGAUUGGAAGAGCUGGGAGACCACAGUUUGAUAAUUCCGGAACAGCAGUAAUUAUGACGACGAAUAUUGAAAAGAACAAAUACGAAAACAUGAUCAGCGGAGAAGAACCAAUUGAAUCUUAUCUCCGCAAGAAUUUGGUUGAAUUUAUAAACGCGGAAGUUGUUCUUCAAACCAUAACAGACACAACCGUAGCAAUGCAAUGGUUAUCUUCGACGUUUUUGUAUAUCAGAGCAAGAAAGAACCCUAAACAUUACGGAUUACCACUUGGAUUAUCUUUGGGGGAGUUGGAUAAAAGACUUUUAGAGAUGUGCCAAAUCGAAAUAAACAAAUUAAGUAGAUUCGGGAUGUUAACAAUCGACUCAAACGCCACGUUUAUAUCCACGGAGAGUGGCCGUUUAAUGGCGAAGUAUUGUGUAUGUUUAGAAACGAUGAAACUUUUUACAGAGAUGACCGGAAACGAACGGCUUGAACAAAUUUUGGGGCUAAUUUCGAAAUGUUACGAGUUCCAAGAGAUUCGCUUGAGAUCUACGGAUAAAUCGGCUCUAAAUGUUUUAAAUAAAUGCCGCAAUAAACAGACGAUUCGGUAUCCUUUGAGUGGAAAAAUAAAAACUUUGGAUAUGAAAAUUAAUUGUAUCGUCCAAGCGGUUUUAGGCUGCUUAGAAAUUAAAGAAUCAGGUCUUUUAUUGGAUGCCCAAAGAAUUAUGAGAAUCGGAGAGAGAUUAUUAACUUGUGUUGCUGAAUAUUUAAAAAGUAAAAGAAAUUGUUAUCAAGGCUUAUUAAGUACAAUAAUUUUAUGCAAAUGUUUUCGAACUCGAAUUUGGGAAAAUUCUUCGUAUGUAAGUCGGCAAUUAGAUGGAAUUGGUUCUACUUUAUCUAACGCUUUAGUAACCGCGGGAAAAACGACUUUUGAUAACAUCUUAGCAGCUAAUCCAAGGGAUUUAGAAAGGAUACUUAAUAAAAAACCCCCUCUUGGAAACACACUUCAAGACCAAGUCAAAUUAAUUCCAAAAUACUCCCUAAAAACUUCAAAAUUAGAGGAUGGGGUUUCCGGAAAUAUCAGAAUCGAAAUCACCUUGGAGAAUGCGUCGAACUUUGACGACCAAAAGAUGACCGUGAAACCUACAGCUUUUAUGCAUUUAAUUGUUGGGGACGAGGAGAAUUUAUUAUUAUACAAAAAAUACAGCCACUUAAUAAUGACCCAAAUUGUUACAAUUUGCGAAAACGUGAUCGUUUUUUUCGCUGGAAAUGAAACCAACGUCUCAAUUAAUUGGAUCAGUGAGGAUUGGGCUGGGUUUGAUAUCGUAUCGCAAUUAGCACUUUUCGAGGAUAAAACUAAAAAAGUCGUUCCAAACGUGAAAAAAUCGAAGAAAAAGGCGAUGCUUCUUCAACAAUCGAUGGAUAAAUAUUUUUCGAACGUUAAACCGAUUAAAAGAAAGAGAAGUGGAGAAAAUAAUUUAAAACCUCGUAAAAUUAUAAAUACAAUUAAAGAAAACCAAGUCAUUAAAACCAACAACCAAAACAAUAACAACCAAGUCGAUGAUCCCGAUAUAAUUUUAUCCACCCAAAAUCAAGUUAAUUCUGAUGAUACAAAGAAAUUGGGGCAAAAAAUAAUCUCGGAUUCGAUAGCUUCUUACAUAAGAAGUGUUAACAAAAAGGUUUUAUUGGAAAAUGGAAUAAAGGAUGAAUUAAUGAAAAAUGUUCAAUCUAAAAUUACUCCCGAAAUGAACGAUAAAACUGAAACGGUCUUAAAAUCGAUAGAAAAUUAUCAAGAACAUAAAAAGACGCUAAAUGUACAAAAACAAAGUGGAAAGUCUGAAAAUCCCGUUAAUAGAUUAAAAAAGGAAAUGAUUGCAAAUAGAAAGGAGUUUUUAAACUCAACUAAAACGUUAACGUUUGAAGCAGCUGCAUUAAAAGUGAACCCAAUUAAUUUGGAGCAAUUCUCGAUGGAAAAUAAAAAGAAAUUAUCCCCUGAAAGUAAAGAAAUUGAAUCCCAAAAAAGUAUUACGUGGAAAUCACCACUAAUCGAAUCAAAGAUUCAAAAAUAUUCCCCGAAUUUAGAUAAACCCAAACCCAAUUUAGAUUUGAUAAGGAGAAAAUUUAAUUUUCCUCCAAAAGAUAAAGGGAAAUUGACUUAUUCGUUGGCUGAUAAAAAUUGGGACGAUAAUAAUAAGAAAAUAGAAGAAUUCGUUUCGAAACCUUUCUUGGAUUUAUUAUUUGGCGAAAAAAAUUGCGAUUUAGAUUUAAAUGGGUCAAUUUCUUCAAAUACAUCGAUUACAAGAUCGAUUAAAACGACUGUGGCUGAAUCGAUUUCUUCUUACAAUCAAAUGGGUGUUAGUUAUAUCGCUGAUAGAAUUAAAUCUGCUAUUCCUAAGAUUAAUAAUGAAAUUAAUGUUAAUAAAGAAACUGUAAAUGAGGAAAAUGUUAAUAAAGAAAAUGUUGAGGAGGAAAUUAUGAAUCAAAGAAAUAUUAAGGAGGAAAAAAAAUCUUCCGAAACAGAUUUGUUUGAAAAAUUAGAAAUGGAAGAUUUUUUUAUAGAAUCAGAACCAGAUUUAGUCAACUUAGAAGCAAAUCCCUUCGAAAUUAAUGAAGAAUAUAUAAACAAAUUUAAUAAUUUACCUCAAAAAGACGACGGUUUAACACUUAAUAAUUACGGUCUCCAUCAAAAUCACGAUUUUGAAUUUAAUCUCGAAAAUAACCACCAAGGAACCUUUUAUAAAAACACUCAUAAUCACCACCCGAACGUUCUAACACCUUCACAACAUUUAAACCUUUACGAACAAAGAUCUUAUAACCUACCAAAUUGUGAAAGACAACAUUUUCACCCACCACAAAACCAAAAUGAACUUUACAAUCAUUAUCGUCAUCAAAAUUUUCCAAUUAAUCAACACCACCACCAUCCCCCAUCAUCCUAUUAUCAAAACGGUUACAAUAAUCAUUGUAGGUCAUAUCCCACAUCUUAUUUAGAAUUACAAAGGCAUUAUUUUGAAAAUCAACUAAAUCGUUAUCAAUCGAGAUACACUCAUUAUAAGUCACCAUAUUUCCAAGAUAUCGCUUCGCUUUCUUAUCCGUGUACGAACGAAGGGUGCCGAAUUAGAAAUGAAAUGGUGCGAAAACCGAGAAUAAGCCAAUUCGAGAAUUUCGAAGGUUUUAAUCAACAAGGUGAGUUAGAUUAUUUGAUGCCGGAACAUGAACCAGUUCAACGAAGUACGGAUUAUUUUGACGAGAGGAGGAGAAUUCACGAGCAAACUCGUUUAAUGAAGCCAUAUUUUGAUUCACAACAAUUAAAUAAUCAAUUUGAACGGAUGAAACGAAAAUACGAUCGAUUUGAUGAUUUCUAA